CUCCAAGUAGUGCUUCCUUAACCAAUGAAAGUCAUUUCCUACUGAGACCCCAAGAAUUCCCCCUACGUUCUGCUUCUGUCCGGAUUUUAGGCCUUUUCUUGAGUCCUGUUUGUUAAAGGCAUGCUGGCUACAGAAUUCAAGAGGGCCAUUAACUAACAAAGGGAAAGAGAUAAAUGUAAAUAAGCUACAUUUUCAGAAUGAGCAGUUUGCCUCAGCAAGCCAGAGUCUGCUACUUUGGACUGAGCUAACCUUUCCCUGUUAAAAAAAAAUAGAAAGAAAGAAAGAAAAGAAAAGAAAGAAAAAAAAUUAAAAUCGCACUUUUAAAGUGCCAGUUCUCCGUUUACAUAUUUAUUACCUAAUUGUCUACAGGCAUGAGCACACAUUUUCAUCUAGCACACUCUUUCUUGGGGAGGAAAACAUUUUCUGCAUGUUGCUACUCUCAGACUGUUGAAUCCUGCAACCAGCAGAGCUUCUGAAAGCAAACAAACAAACAAGAUAACAACAACAACAACAACAACAACAACAAAACCCAUGGGUGACAGAAGACUCAAUGAUUUUCAAUUCCAAGAUUUAAAUUUAAGCUUCAGUUCCAGGUCGGGCAAUGCUACUGCCAAUAAUACUUGCAUUGUUGAUGAUUCGUUCAAGUAUAAUCUAAAUGGUGCUGUCUACAGUGUUGUAUUCAUUCUAGGUUUGAUAACCAACAGUGUCUCUCUGUUUGUCUUCUGCUUCCGCAUGAAAGUGAGAAGUGAGACUGCUAUUUUCAUUACCAAUCUGGCCUUCUCUGAUUUGCUCUUUGUCUGUACUCUUCCUUUCAAAAUAUUUUACAAUUUCAACCGCAACUGGCCUUUUGGUGACACCCUAUGCAAGAUCUCUGGAACUGCAUUCCUCACCAACAUCUAUGGGAGCGUGCUCUUCCUUACCUGUAUUAGUGUGGAUCGUUUCCUGGCCAUUGUCUAUCCCUUUCAGUCUCGUACCAUUAGGACCAGGAGGAAUACUGCCAUUGUGUGUGCUGGAGUCUGGAUCUUAGUCCUUAGUGGUGGUGUUUCAGCCUCUUUGUUCUCAACCACUAAUGUGAGCAAUGCAACCACCACCUGCUUUGAGGGCUUCUCCAAACGUGUCUGGAAGACUUACCUGUCCAAGAUCACCAUAUUUAUUGAAGUUGUUGGGUUCAUCAUUCCUCUGAUAUUGAAUGUGUCUUGCUCUUCUGUGGUGCUAAGAACUCUUCGCAAGCCUGCUUUACUUUCUCAAAUUGGAACUAAUAAGGAAAAAGUAUUGAAGAUGAUUACAGUGCAUAUGGCAGUUUUUGUGAUAUGCUUUGUACCUUAUAAUUCUGUGCUUUUCUUAUAUGCUCUAGUACGCUCCCAAGCCAUUACCAGUUGCUUGUUGGAAAGAUUUGCAAAAAUCAUGUACCCAAUCACAUUGUGCCUUGCAACUCUGAACUGUUGCCUUGACCCUUUCAUCUAUUAUUUUACCCUAGAGUCCUUUCAGAAGUCCUUCUACAUCAAUACUCAUAUCAGGAUGGAAUCCCUAUUUAAGACUGAAACACCUUUGACUACAAAGCCUUCCCUUCCAAUUAUUCAAGAAGAUGCUAGUGAUCAAACAACAUAUAAUGGUGGAGAAUUAAUGCUAGAAUCCACUUUCUAACUUUGAGAACUGUCUUUAGGUUUAGAUACUGUUUUUCAAUGCAAUUAGAGAAAACAUUUGAAGUUAAUGAUAUUGAAUAAAUUAAUAUAACAAAUAUUAAUUACAACAACCAAAAAGGAUUAGCUAAUUCCUCUGAUAUGCUGGAAUUUUAUUGUAUCACAUUACUUAGUAGUUAUGGCCUUAAAUGUAAUGACAUAGAGAUUAGCUAAAACUUAACAAUAAAGAUACUUUGGUGUAUUGCACUAAAGCAAAGGGCUCCAGGGAAGGAAGGAAAAGAGGAAGGUGGAAUUCUAGGGUCCUGAUACAUGAUGGUAGAAAAGGACUUAGUUUGGAGGUAAGAGUGUUCUGCAGACACCUAUCACAGGGAAAUAAGAAAUUGUACCCAUGUGCCAACAACUGCACUGUAAAACAUUAACCCCCCAAUAAAAUGAUUUAAAAAAGAUAUUUUCAUUCUAAUAAUAUUUGGUAACCAGUUUAGGCCUAUGAAUAUAGUAUAUAUGCAAAGACUUCUAAGAAGUCUUUGUGAUACUACUGAUAGAUAAUAAUUAUUUUUUUCUGAGUUGUCAUUGAAUUUAUUUUAGAACAAAAAUGUAGUUAAGCCUGGCAUUUAAAAAAACAAAGUAUCAAAUUUCAUAGUCAUGUAGGUGGCUUAAUGGGUAGAAUGCAUUUUGUAGGUCUGGUAUUUCAGAUUUAAUCCCUAGCACCAUCUAUUUUUUGAAACUACAUUUUGCUCAUGGAAUUUGACAUUUAAAAAACUUAAGAUAUUAAAGUAAUAUUCUUUAGAAAAAAUGUAGUUUAAAAAAUGCCCAGAGGGAAAAAAUUCAAAUGCUUACCUAUGCUAGGUACUACUGAAAACUAAAUAUAAAUCAAUAAUAAAAACACAUUCCUCAAAAGUCACAUCACUUGUUCUUCCUGAUCUAAAGUGCUAAAAAUAAUAAUGCAUUCCAUUGUCUUGCAAAACAAAUUUUAAAGGUAUUUGCAAAGCAUUAGGUUAGUUACAUGAAGUUAGGUUAAACCAGACUAAAUUCAGUUGUUAGAGUGGUGUACUAUCAAAUUAAUAACCAAGCUAUGAAUAAUAUUUUAUAUUAUUUUAUGAUAAAUGUAUACUAUACAUGAACUUUUUGUUCAUGAUCAUAAUUCUUAAAAUUAUGAAAUUUUAGAAUGCUGAGACAACUAUUUAAUGGGAUGUGCUAACCAAUUUAACAUAAAAUAUGCCAAUAAUCCGUUUUUCUUUUUGUAUAAUUACCACACUGCUUACAUUUUCUACAUUCAAUUUACUUUAUUUCUACUCUAUAGUUGUCAAAAGUUCAUAAUAAAAACAACAAAUUGUUAUCUACAAUUGAAUGUAAAAUUCCUCUUUGUUUUGCAUUUAGAAGUAAAAGUUGAGGCUCAUCAGGCAAUUACUUAUCUUGUAAAGGACACAUAUUACCCUAUGCGAGGACCCAGGUUUAAGUCUCAGGCCACCACAUGGAAAAACUUGAAAAAGGGAAGUUUAAAAGUAGUGAAGUGGUGAUAUAAUGUCUCUCCUUUUCUCUAUCCACCUCUCUGUCUGUCUUUCUGUCUGUCAGUCUGGCUUUCAUCCUCUAUCUAGAGGAAAUAAAAAUAAUGGUUGCCCAGAAUGGUAGUCAUACAAGCAAUGAGCUUGUGAUAACCCUGGUGGUAAAACAAAAGAAGUAAAAUCAGUCAUUUGUCUGUAAUUACACUUUGACAUGUAAAUGCUUACUAUAUUUAAUAAAAAUAUAUUUGGACUAUC